GUCCCACCUGUCGCGUGCACGGUUCAUAAAACUAAGCAAUCGGGGAUAGUACAGCUCCAUCAUCAGACCAUCCCACUUUCUACAGUGCGUCCUUAGUCCUCAGUGGCAGGCUUGCUCGAUUAUCGAACCAAGUCCCAACAGGCCUCGGUUUGGGUUUUUUUCCCUUCCUUUCUUGCGCAACCCGACGACGAACGAAUAUCUUCGCUUCUGCAACAACUCUGUCGAUCGCCUAAUCCAAUCUCUAAGCAUGAAUACUGUCAAAUCAUUCUGGCUUGGAUGGGGCUCCCUCUGUGUUGCCGGAGGAACCGCCUACUACUUCGCCAAGCAGAGCAUCAACGCCGAUCGCGCUGCUCGCUUUGAGGAGCAGCGUAAGAAGAAGAUGCUGGCCCAGUCCCUUGAGUAUGGAGACAAUGUUCCCGCCCAGCCUGGUUCCGCUUCUACCAUGAGUGGCGAGGCGCGCACCGAUACCGCCGGCUCUCCCAGCCAGGAAUCCAGCUCCGAUCCUGCCCCGACCCGCCACGCGCCGGCUACCGAAUCCGAGAGAGUGUUCGAGAAGAGCAAAUACGAAAGCAGUACACCGUUCAAGAGUCCAAAAGGGGAUCGGUUUUCGUAGUCGGACGGACGUGGAGGAGAGCCCCAGAUACCGAGGUUGUGUACCAUAAUUGAUCGGCACAUUGCGGCUGUAUACUGUACACUACCAUUGAAGACGAAACGAAGGAACGAUGCGUUUUUCGUGUUAGCAUUUGACGGCAAUAGAUGUUCAAUUGGAAGGAGCAGGUGCAUAAUGUGGAUCACAGUUGGCCAAUGAUUCGUUGCAUGUGAGCCUACGGAAGUCCCUAUAACCAGCAUGAGGUGCUUUCCACCUGGGAGCAAAAUAACAAAUGAAAUCACAAGUGGUGUUUGGUCUGUCAGCGUGUUC